AGUUUGUCUAUCGGAGACACCGCUUAUAGAUGGAUACUUUCUCUUGAUUCUGCGCUUGCUAUAUUGGUGACUUACAGUCUGAGGCGGCAAACAAGACGAAAAAAGGAAAAAAGGAUGAAGUAAACGGACCGGGGGCCUGUAGGCCGCUGCUAUUGCUGCUGCCAAUCAAUAGGCGUUAGUGCCCCGGAAGUGGCUGACCUACUGGGUUUGAAGCGGGGGGUGGGGCGUUUCUCUUACUACGGUGGCCGGGGAGCUCGAGGUGCCUGUAGCUGCGGCGCUGAGGUCGGGGUGUCUGCGUGUGUGGCGGCUGCUUUUGUGGCGGCUGCUGGUGGAGCUGGAACAUUUCCCGAACAAAAGUCUAAACUUACAGAAGAAUGCAAUCAAGUGAUGGCUUUUUCUUUAGAAUCUGAAUAUGGAGGCCACAGGAACAGAUGAAGUUGACAAGCUAAAAACUAAAUUUAUAUCUGCUUGGAACAAUAUGAAAUAUAGUUGGGUGUUGAAAACAAAGACAUAUUUUAGUAGAAAUUCCCCUGUAUUAUUGCUUGGAAAGUGUUACCAUUUUAAAUAUGAAGAUGAAAAUGAACUGUUACCUGUAAGCUCAGGAUGUACAGUAGAAGAUCAUGUGAUUGCGGGAAGUGUAGAAGAGUUUCGUAAAGACUUCAUUUCAAGAAUAUGGCUUACCUACAGGGAAGAGUUUCCUCCAAUAGAAGGCUCAGCUUUGACAACAGACUGUGGUUGGGGCUGUACACUAAGAACUGGCCAGAUGCUGUUGGCUCAAGGACUCGUACUACACUUCCUUGGUAGAGCUUGGACCUGGCCUGAUGCUUUGAACAUUGAAAAUUCAGACUCUGAAUCAUGGACUUCCAACACUGUAAAAAAAUUUACUGCAUCAUUCGAAACAUCGCUUUCAGUGGAAAGAGAACUCAAAACAAUUUCUCUGAAGGAAACAAUCAGGAGAUAUUCUGAUGAUCGUGAAAUGCAAAAUGAAAUUUAUCACAGGAAAAUCAUCUCUUGGUUUGGUGAUUCCCGCUUGGCUCUCUUUGGUUUACAUCAACUAAUAGAAUAUGGAAAGAAGUCUGGGAAAAAAGCUGGAGAUUGGUAUGGACCAGCUGUGGUUGCUCACAUUUUAAGAAAAGCAGUUGAAGAAGCAAGACACCCAGAUUUACAAGGAAUAACUAUUUAUGUUGCGCAAGAUUGUACAGUUUACAGUUCUGAUGUAAUUGAUAAACAGUGCACUUCCAUGGCCUCUGAUAAUACAGAUGACAAAGCUGUUAUUAUUCUAGUUCCUGUUAGACUUGGUGGAGAAAGAACCAAUGCCGACUAUUUAGAUUUUGUAAAGGGUAUUUUAAGCCUUGAAUAUUGUGUGGGUAUUGUUGGUGGCAAACCUAAACAGUCAUAUUACUUUGCUGGAUUUCAAGAUGACAGUUUGAUUUACAUGGAUCCUCAUUACUGCCAAUCUUUUGUAGAUGUCAGCAUAAAGGAUUUCCCUCUUGAGACAUUCCACUGCCCUUCUCCCAAAAAGAUGUCAUUUCGAAAAAUGGAUCCUAGCUGUACAAUAGGAUUUUACUGUCGAAAUGUUCAGGACUUCAAACGAGCUUCUGAAGAAAUCACUAAGAUGCUGAAAAUUUCUUCUAAGGAGAAAUAUCCCUUAUUUACUUUUGUAAAUGGUCAUUCCAGAGACUAUGAUUUUACAUCUACUACAACCAAUGAAGAAGACCUUUUCUCAGAGGAUGAAAAGAAAAGAUUAAAAAGAUUUAGCACAGAAGAGUUUGUCUUGCUGUAAAGAUUAGCACAUUUGUGCUUGAUGAGAAGAAAUCCUUUGAAGGAAGCAAAAUGAAGAGAAACAAGUAUACUUGAAACUGGUUUAUUUUCACAAAUACCUUAAUUUUGUACGUUCUUUAAAAAAAGAACAUUUGAAAAUAUACAAGUUUUAAAGAUAUUUUUUUGAAAGAGAAAUGAUUCAGUGAAUCUUGAUUUCUAAUAAAUAUCAAGUGAUUCUGGCUGCAUUCCUGUUUCCCUAAGAUCUGCUAAUGAUAACUCUACCUUAACUGCAAGUCUUCCAGUCUUCAAAUUCUUCCACCUGGGUCCAGUAUUCUCCUGAAGGUUUUGUGAUAUUGGGCCCCAAAAUAGGAUUGCCAAAUAGUUUCAAAAGCUUCAGUUUGGGCUUCCCUGGUGGCGCAGUGGUUAAGAAUCUGCCUGCCAAUGCAGGGGACACGGGUUCGAGCCCUGGUCUGGGAAGAUCCCACAUGCCGCGGAGCAACUGAGCCCGUGAGCCACAACUACUGAGCCUGUGCGUCUGGAGCCUGUGCUCCGCAACAAGAGAAGCCACGACAGUGAGAGGCCCGCGCACCGCGAUGAAGAGUGGCCCUCGCUCGCCGCAACUGGAGAAAGCCCUCGCACAGAAACGAAGACCCAACACAGCCAAAAAUAAAUAAAUAAAUAAAUUUAUUAAAAAAAAAAAAAAAAAAAAAAGCUUCAGUUUAUACUAAUGACCAGAAGAGCAGAGAAUGAAUCUUCAAUGCUGCCUAAGCCUCCUGAUAUUAAUGCAACCAAAGGAUGCUUUUGGAUGUAUCUUGAUAUAUUUUAAAUAGUAACUUUUAGCUGUGAUAUGAUACAAUUACAUAAGCAGAAUUUUGAGUUGAGGUAAUACUUAGCAAUAUGAUUUUAUAAUGGCUCCUCAUUUUGCUUGCUGUUGAGCCUUGUCUGAGGAGUGAAGGUAAGGUAUUGGUUUUCCCCACUGAUUUAAAGUUUAUGUUAUUAAUAAUAACUACAUCCAAUCUAACAGAUAAAGGCAAAAUUGUUUGUUUCCUAUCUCAAAAAUGAAAUUUUAUGGAAACUCUACUUAUUAUGCAGUUUUAAAAUCUAAAGAUAAGUACCAGGAAAGAUAUCAGUAGAUGCUCCUCCAUGUGAUUUUUGCUAUUUGUAUAAAUCAGUGCAGUGGUGUUUAGAAGCUGAGGCCAUCUAUAAGGUAAAUCUGCCUUAAGUGUAUUAUGUAUUACUUAAAGGCAAGUUUGUGAUAUAAAAGUAUGAGUUAUUAUUGAGCCAGGUUUAUAAAAUAAGUACUUUAAUAAAGAUGU